AUGGAGAUAGUGCCUAUAUCAUCCUUAUCGCCUUCUUCGGCAUUGCCUACCGAGUGUGGGUUCAAGGCACAGGUCACACUACUAUGGCCCUUUUCUUCAGCAACCGGACAAUGCGCUCUUCUCUUGGCCGACCCGGACGCGCGACAGCGAUACCAAAAAGGCCAAGUACGCGUACGGUUUACUGGACCAAGUGCGCGCCAGAUAGCUGCAUCAGGCAUUGGUAUCGGUGAUAGCGUGCAAGUCGCGCUUGUAGGUGCGCAAUGGUUGACCGAGUCCGAUACAGCUCUGGUCAAGACGCCUGGUAGGAGCGUCGAUGGCGAGCUCAUAUUCAAGAACCGUCUGACCAUGACCAUCAUGCGAGGAGAGGCCGAGUCGAGAACAAUCAAUGUGGAUGAAUCCACCCAACCCACGUCACCGAAGCCUAGUAUGCUGCCACCAAGCACGCCUGUCGCCCGAUCCAAACCUCGUACUUCCUUUGAUGCUUAUGGAGUCGCCGUCUAUUCUUCUCCAGCUUUCAUGAAGCGUCUUCGAUUGUCUGAGGGAGGCACACCAUACUCUCCCGUACCCGUAUCAGAACAUGACGACCAGGAUACUGUCGCAUCGCGCAAGAGACGGAGGGUUUCAUACAAGAAUGUUUCUGAAUGGAAGUUUGACGCCAGAGAACCCUCUCCCGAGAAAGAGCAAGAUGAUGUCUUGGAUGAUGCAGAUGCAGAUGAGAACAUGACCAUUGAAAGUGCAGUGCCAGGAGAAGCCACUGUAGACACCGUCAACGUGACCGAAGAAAGUCAGGACUUGGAUAUGCACGAGGCGGCUGAGUCUAGAGAGAAUGGGGAACAACAACUUGAGCAGCCUACCUCAGAAGCUCAGAAGAUUCAGGCAAUCGCAGCACAGUCUGCUCAGGAGACUGAUCCUCCAGUAACACUUGCUAAGGAACAGCUACCGCAGACUGAGGCCGAGGUUCCCUUGAGAUCUGCAGCAGAAGAUCUCGGCGUGCAAAAUGCAGAAGAGAGAGUGGCCGAAGCGGUGGUUCAACAACCUGCAGAAGCUUCGAGAUCGGGAGAGACUAUUCUGGAAGGGGCAUCACAAGUUCCUGAAAGUUCCGUGACAUCCCAAGUUCAGGUUUCGACCUCUCCAACCAUGCAACCUUCUGAUCUGCCGCGUCUGACUAUACUGCCAACCGAAAGCGAACUUCUAGAACAGAUGGCGCGUGCCCAAGCUAUCAAUAGGCCGACAACGCCAAUUUUGCAGCCACUGCUCACUGAGGGCCUGCCUUUACCAUCGCCUUUCCCGACAAGUGCCCAGAAGAUGCCUUCGCCAGUUGUCCCGACUGUAGCAGGAACUCUAGAGGCCACUGAGACAGCCCUUGGGCGCCUGACAAACACAGGAAACACUGUUGAUUAUGCGGAGAAAUCUUUACCUGCCUCCAAUCUCCAAGUACAGAACACACCAGCAAGUAUUAUGGCGGAGACACAAGAGCCUGCGCCAUCUUCCAACAUAGUCCAGGCGAAAUCGGAACCCUUGCAGAAAAACUCAGACCCGCGGGUAAAACCAGGAACACAAACGUCUCGAAUUGUUGCAGACACCUAUGACGGCUACGCUGAAGAAAACCCUGUUGUGCUGUCUUCUGGUAGUGAGGACGAGGAGGAGGAAGACGACGAAACCCGACCUUCCGAACGACCAUCAGUGGCUGUUUCUUCGCCAAUCGUGGCAGAUGUCCAAUUCGGACUGCGCUCGAGACGUGACAGAUUCGAUGACGAGAGCUCUGCUGACGACGAAUCUGAUGAAGACAUGGGGUCGUUUAGUGAAGAUUCAGAAUCGGAUGAUGCGUCCUCUGUAUACAACUCCGAACAGAUCUUAGCUCUGCAAGAGCAGAGUGAUGAUGAAGGUGCCGUUGAAGAACCGGAUUGGGACUACCUGGAACGGAAAUUGGAGCAAGAAGAGGCUGCUCUUCAACAGUCAAGAGAAGACCUUACCGCUAGAGAUGGCGGUCUCAUAGAGAUUGCUGAUGACCUUCAAGGAGAUGAGGCAGACGAUGCUGUGAUGCACGAUGACAACUCUGAGCUUGAUGAAGAUGUGCUGGCUAGAAGCGACGACGACAGCGCUGAUGAUGAUUCUGAUGGCUCGGGAUAUUUUGAUCAAGCUAUAAUGCCUGAUACUGAUGAUGAAUCCAGGGAAGAGUCCGAAGUUGAGAUGAUGGAUCACACUUAUCAACCUUCCAUGCCUGAGAAUGCCAUGUACAGCCAUCCAUUUGGCCUAGAUGGAGCUCAAACACUGACAGAAACGAGGACGGCAUUGCCUUCUCAAGCAGCGUCAGAGACUGGCUCUUCGGCGGGAGAUGAGACCAUCGCCUGGCGUGACAGAGAUGCUGCUGUCGAGACACUUGGUCAGCAAGCUCAACAACCUCAACCUCCUUUCAUCAACCAAGCAGCUCAAACAGUUCCAUCUCCACAUGUUCCGCCACCGUCUUCAUCUAGGCUUGACGUCGUCGAGUUGUUAGACGAUUCGGAAUCAGACGGAGAAGACGACACGACCGCUGCUUCUGUUCCUCAGGAGACAAUUGAUUUCCUGCCUUCGAUCGGCCUUGUCAACAGUUUGCUUGAUAACAAGCAGAAGAAUGCGCACCUCGAGCUCAGCGGACCAGUCACUGCCCAGAUCCGCUCAGAGGUCAAGAAGAUAUCAGAGCAGGCCAACAGUCCGAGUACCACAAGGACCAAGUUCAAUGCCUUGAAGACCAUCUGCAAGAUCGGAGUUAACGUGGUAGUCGCCGCUGACAGUGGUAACAUGUUUGCAGAGGGUGUCAAAUAUCGCCUGAAGGAGGACGAAGUAUUUGUCAGUGUCUGUUGGAAAGUCUAUAACCAGCUUUCACACGUGGAGAAACACCAAUCAGGUCAACCAUCUGAAUUGCUUGCCUAUCUCGAAGAGCUCGAAGAGAAGCGAGAUUACUGUUUCGAGGGUUUUACCGAAUUUUUGACGCAGUUCAGAGAGAACUACCAUCAUAUGCCUACGGAGACGACACAACAACAAGUUCAUCAACAGAGUGUACCAGUCCUGCCCAAAGUAGAAGUCCGAGAUGUACAGGGAGUGGACCUAGAUGCAUCUGUCCAGAACAAAGAUGGUCAACAGAGGCCUGGACCUCGAGUUGUCGAGAUGCAGGCCGGUCUUGUCUCACCCAAUCCUAUCGACGAUGGAGAGCAGGAAGGCAGAUCCGCUGGAACAGACCUGACUGAAAAUAUGACUGAGCAGUCUGGACAACCACAAGCAGAGCGUGAAAGCCAAGCAGCAUCGACGGCCGACGUGGAGACUGAUACAACNUGCUCAAGCAGGUCCAGAUCUAAAGGAGCCAGCGUCUGUAGAGGACAUGAACUCUUCUCGGCCUUUCUCGGUGGAGGAAGAACNUCGAGUCUCAACCCGGAACUGUCAAAGACGAAAGUGGUGGUGACGGAUCCGAGGUAA